UGCAACAAUUACCAGGCAGUCAAUCAGGUAAAUGUAUCCUGUCACAGACUGGAAGCCACUGGAAUUGGCGGUUGUGCCUGUGCAAGGCAUGGUUGUUUUGUGCCCCACACAAUGGUGGACUUUCAGAAGGGAGAAAGCAGACAAAUGAACAUGGAUUGUGCACUCUGCAAGGCAUUGAAAGUGAACACCGAAGGAAUUUACCAUGCAUUGACCUUUUAUGAUGUUAACUGUCAGUAUAACAAGCAUCUCAAGGAGCACAUCGCCGAUAGUCCUUUCCUUGAGAUU